AUGGCAUCUAGCUCUGAUACUCCACUACCCCAGCCUAUCCCGGCGGAGGAACGGCUCGCGACAUUUGACAGUGUUCCUCUGUUCAUGAAGUCAUUGCCAGAGGACGCAGUGGAUGAUCCUAUUGUAGGCGCUCUGCAGAGCUUGGCAUUCGAGGGCACACCUGAUGAAAACGCGCUGAACUUCAAGGAACAAGGGAACGACUACUUCAAAGGAAAGCGUUAUCGUGAAGCUCUGGGGUUCUACACGCAAGGAAUCGAUGCUAAGCCAUCAGAUACUGCUCUGCUGGAAGCGUUGCUGUGCAACAGAGCUGCCUGCAACUUAGAGCUCAAAAAUUACGGCGCAGUAUUGAAAGACUGCUCAAAGGCUAUCCUCACGAACCCUCGCUCCUCAAAGGCGCACUAUCGCUCAGCUCAAGCUCUCGUAGCGCUGGAACGCUUCGAUGAAGCUAUUGAUUGCUGCGAUCGCUGUCUAGAGUUCGACGCAGAGAACAAGGUCGUGCGAGCACUUCGCGAGAAGGCAUCACAGCAAAAGAUCGUUAAAGACAGAAAGGAGAGGGAGAAGCAAGAACGUAUACGUAGAGAGGUCGAGGAGAAACGUCGCCUAAGAGCCGCUUUCAAGGAGCGCAAUGUGAUCGUCAUUCCACGGCCAGACGGAUCGUCAAGCAACCCAUACGCACCUGCGUUCGACCCCGAAGAUCCGAAGAACAACGCGCUGAUCGUGCCCGUCUUCUUUCUGUAUCCUCAAUAUGCAACGUCGGAUAUCAUAUCACAGUUUGUAGAAGACACACCGUUCUCUGCGCAUCUUGCGACUAUGUUCCCUCCGGAAGCUGCACCACCCGAAUGGGACAAGAAUCACGAAUAUGUGACGGACAACCUGGUGGUGUACGCCAUAACGUACAGAAAACGGCUGCUGAAAGUCGGUAAAAAGAUGACGCUACGCGACGUGUUUCAGGCUUCCAAAUCAAAGGAAAAGGAGCCUGUAGACGGACUGGAGUUGAAAGAUGGAUGCUUGACGUUCGUCGUACUACCUAAGGGAGACAUAGAGAAGAAGUGGAUAGAGGACCUCAAGAAGACGAGAGGGUUUUGA